AUGACUCAGCCUCGUCGACCAUCGUUCGGUCAGUCCCGAUCAUCGCCCAUCAUCGAGUCGACUCUUCUCAAAUGCAAUCUCUCGGCGUUGAACAGCUCAGCUAUCGACGAAGAACCCACUCGACCCUUCCACGUUCGUCGACGAGUCAGGAGAGCAUCGCAGCCAGCCGAGCCAGCGAACGCUCCGUUGCGCUUCCGCUACAACCCGGAUGAUCCGCUAGGCGAAGGACUCAGCAGCGCCACAGCCACAGCCACCGAUUCAGGAUCCUCCGACGAUGAUUGGGAUACUACACUCUUUCGCAGCCGCCAGAGUCAUCAGCAAUUGACUUCGCUGGACUACCUCGACCUUCCUGCAUCAUUGCCCUACUCGAUGGUCUCGCUGCGUGCUCAGCUGCUCUCUUAUCUCACCGAGCUUGAAGUCAGAGCAAGAGCCUUCUAUUCACAGCGGAUGUCCAGGACAGCAUCAGCCACGACACCUGCUGCCGACUCAGCCGACCCGACAAGCGGCAAUGACGACGCAGACGCAAAACUUCCGUUGAGUGACGGUCACUCUGCCGCCUUCUUCCAGCAAAUCGAGGCCAUGCGCGAAGACUUGCGGCGCUUCGUCGCCCUACUACCCACCUACCCAGCAUCAGCAUCGUCCGCUCUCUCCUCUCGGUCACAGUCGCUGGCCCAUGACUGGGAGAGACUCUCCUCCAGCUUCAGCUUCCCAAUUAGCCUAGGAAACGGACUGCGAGAGCGCUUGCCCCGUCUCCCAUCUUCGUCUGAACUUCCUUCAUUACCGACAAUGCCCGCCUUGCCGCAGUUCGACCUCGACUUUGCUUCCGUGCUCGAGCCUCUUUCGACACAAUUGCCGACGCAGGCGUAUGCACUCGCUGCAAAGAUGCAGGCUCGGCUCGAGUCUAUCCAGGAGUCAGUGCGCAGCAUGGCUUGGCGCGACGCGCUGCAGAGUGCCUCGGAAGACGGCACCAAUGCGACUUUAGCGCAACGAUUCGAGGCCAAGCUUUCGGACCUCUCGACGCGAUCCCGGUCCAGGGCCAACAGCAUCGCUUCUCGCGCCGGUCAUGCGGUCCACGAAGCAGAGGAGAAGCUCUAUCAGCUUGCCAUCGAGUUGGCGCGCAAUGGCCAGGAUCUCAUCCACUACGAGAACCUGCCCGCCUUCUUCCGCAACAACGAGCAUAUCCUCUCCGGCUACCGCUUCAUCCCUGUCGAGAACUGGCAAGCACUGGUGCGCAGCACAUUCCAGAUUCACAACGAGACCGGCAACAUCCACACACAUCUGUGGGGCCUCGCCGCCAUCGUGCCGCUCUUCUGGCCAAGCAAAGGUCUGGAUGACCAGACCACACCCAUGGACAGGUUGGUGCAGACCGUCUACCUCUUUGCUGCUGCCAAGUGUCUCACCUUGUCGGUCUCGUGGCACGUCAUGGCUGGUUGCUCGGACCGCAAGUGGUUCGAGCGAUUCGCCUGCGUCGACUACACGGGCAUCGCCUGGCUGGUAGCUGCCUCGAUCUGGACCACCGUGUACAACUGCUUCUACUGCCAGCCCAAUUUGGCGCUCUUCUAUUCGUUCACCACACUGCUCGUCGGAUUUGCGGGUGCGAUCCUCCCCUGGGCUGAAUGGUUCAACAAGCGCGAGAACAAGACGUGGCGCAUCGCUGUCUUUUUGACCAUGUGCUUUACGGCGCUGGCGCCCUUCUCGCACGCUGCUUUCGAGCAUGGUCUAGCCAAGACGCUCUCGUUCUUCAGUCCCAUCUUCCCAUCGUUGGCAUUCUACGUCGGCGGUUUGGUGUUCUACGCAACUCAGUUCCCCGAGAGCUGGGCUCCGGGGCGCUUCGACACCUGGGGCCACUCUCACCAGCUCUGGCACCUGGGCAUCGUGUUGGCCAUCGUCUUUCACUAUCGCGCCGCGCUCGUCUUCCACGCGAAUCGCUUCGACUUCAGCUGUGCUGUGCCAGGCGCAGAGGUUGCUGCUGGCAUGGCCGCCAAGGCCGCCGAUUCGGCGCCACUAUUGCAGCGCUUCUUUGGUGUGCUCGCCGGACUGCAGCCAUUCAGUGGCACCGGCAAGGCGGCGACCAUCGCGACGAAGCCCAUCGACUCGAUCUUCGCCAAGGUUGGCGGCAUGGAGGGCAUCAUCGGUCUUGCUCGUGCGGACAACCAGAUCCUGCAAUGGAGGAGGUUGCUCGGCAAGAUCGGCAAUGGUGCCGUUGGACGUGGCUGGGACGCUCUCGUUGACUGGGCGCAGAACUUCUGGUGA